AGAGGCUACUGGGUAGCCUUCAGCUGCUGCCGCCGCAUCUCAGUGCACUGCGCGCCGUGGCUCUCUCCGUCCUCACCGUGCGGGAUAAGAGCAAGCCGAUGGUCCUGAAACGCAUAGCAGCAUAGAGGUUUUGAAACGAUGGAUUUUAACGUGAAAAAGCUGGCUUCUGAUGCGGGCGUCUUCUUCAAUCGGGCCGUCCAGUUCACAGAGGAGAAGCUGGGUGCGGCUGAGAAGACAGAGCUGGAUGCCCAUCUAGAGAACCUCAUCGCCCGUGGCGACUCCACCAAGAACUGGACGGAGAAGAUCUUCAGGCAGACGGAAAUUCUCCUGCAGCCCAACCCAAGUGCGCGCAUCGAGGAGUUCUUCUACGAGAAGCUGGAUAAGAAGCUUCCCAUGAGGACCACCAACGGAGAGCUACUUGGCCAGUACAUGCUGGACGCCGCCAAGGACUUUGGGCCUGGAACUCCCUACGGAAGCACUCUUAUAAUAGUGGGCGACUACCAGCGGAGGCUGGGUGGAGCGGAGCGGGAGUUUUUGCAGACGUCGGCCAUCAACUUCCUCACCCCUCUGCGCAACUUCCUGGAGGGAGACUGGAGGACCAUUUCUAAAGAACGGCGGCUCCUGGAGAAUCGACGUCUGGAUCUGGAUGUUUGCAAAGCUCGUCUCAAGAAGGCCAAGCUCGCCGAGGCCAAAGCUGCGGCUGCACCUGACUUUCAGGAGACGAGGCCUCGCAAUUAUGUGUUGUCAGCCAGUGCAUCUGCGCUGUGGAGCGAGGAAGUAGACAAAGCCGAGCAUGAGCUGCGUGUGGCCCAGACGGAGUUCGACAGGCAGGCCGAGGUGACUCGACUCCUCCUGGAAGGCAUCAGCAGCACACAUGUGAACCACUUGCGCUGCCUGCAUGAGUUUGUGGAGGCCCAGGCAGUCUUUUAUGCCCAGUGUCACAAGCACAUGCAAGACCUUCAGAGGGAACUGAAAAGUGCGAAUGGCGAGUCGGUUCCCAAUGCCUUCGCCAUGAGCCCCUCCACCUCAGCGGUGGCGGCAGGCCCCUCUGGCCUGUCCGGCGGGCCCCAGCCGGGUGCCUCCCCCCCAGCCCGCCCGCCCAGCAGCCCCCCUGCCCUGGAGCGCAGCACGCUGAAGAUAGAGGAGGUGCAGCCCCCCGCCACCGGCACGCGCAAGGCCAAGGUGCUGUACGACUACGACGCUCACGACACCAGCGAGCUCUCCCUAAUGGCGGAUGAGCUGAUCACGGUGUACACGGUGCCUGGCAUGGACCCUGAUUGGCUGAUGGGGGAGCGGGGCAACAAGAAGGGCAAGGUGCCCGUCACAUACCUGGAGCUGCUCAGCUAGACCACCACCUGCCCCCUGCCCCCUGUCACCUGCCACCUGCCCCCUGCACCCUGCUCCUGGACAACCCAAACACACACACUAAGGACUCAUAUACGCGCACACACACACACACACACGCACAUGCACACACACACACACACACACACACACACACACACACACACACACACACACACACCUGACGCAGUUGCACUUCAUACAGUACAACUGGCUCAUAUACGCACCCACGCACGCACGCACGCGCGCACACACACACACACACACACACACACACACACACACACACACACACACACACACUUUCUACAUAAUACAAACACACCUCAAUUUUUAAGAUCUAAGUGCGGAGAAGAAGCACAGGGAAAUAUGGAGCAGACACAAGAACUACUUUGUCCCAUAAUGCAUGUUAGCCUAUCAAAAUGUCUAGUCAUUGUUGACUGUUUUUUUGUGUUUGUUUGUUUUUCACCUUUGUUCCUUGCAUGUCCUCUAAGUCUGUAUCAUUACCAUGGCUGCUGAACAUGUGUGUGUGUGAGGGAGAGAGACAGAGAGAGACCGAGAGAGACAGAGAGAGACCGAGAGAGACAGAGAGAGAAAGAGUGUGCGUGUGCGUGUAAGUGUGCGUGUGUCUGUGUGUCUGUGUGUGUGCUGGCCUCCUGACUUAGCAAAAUGAGUUAGAGACGUCAAAACUCUUGAUUUUCUUUGUCGUUGGGGCACUUCCGCACUUACACGUACACUAUUUUUAAAAGGGCAUCACUAUCGCUAUCAGUCUGAGUUUUUAUGUCUAUGCACUGCAUAUACAGUAUGUGGGUCAGUGACGUCAGGUGGUUCAACCAUAGCUAACAGCAUUGACCCACGUAUUCAGAAUCUUUCGUGGGUUUGGAUUUUGUGUUCGUACAUUUGUUUCUGCUUGGGUUGCUCCAUUUUCUCCCCGGCUGCGCUCCGAUCUCCCUCCAUUUCGUUUGGUUUCUGCAGCAAACUGGAUGGGUAGGCUGUCUUGCUCAAGCAGUUGGAAUUUGGUGAUGUGCGUUUGUGAGUGGUCUUCAUUAUUUUUUUUUUAAUUACUGGAAUGGAAUGUAGUAUCGUAUUUCAGAUUUCUCAACUUAAGUUUUUGUUCAGCUGCCGAGCUGCUCUGUUUGUGCUGGGCUGUCCGUUUGUCUCGUCUGUUACUUCUUGUUUGAUGUGGACAUGUGUUUGGUGCGAAGAUGCAUACAUUUUAGAGCACACUUUGAGCAUAAUAUCUUCUAUGUUUUUUAAGGGUCCAGCAACUUGUGCUUUAUCGUGACUUUUUUUUUUGUUCCCCAUCACUGUGAUACUUGGUCUCUCCGGUCUUCAAAAUAUGUCGGUGUACUUGAUACCUCUUCUUGAAUAAAGAUGUGUAUGGAAUGAAAUGACUUGAAUAUAAAUAAUAAAAAUAGCUUUAUUUGAA